AUGUCUCGUCGACUCGAGUACAAUUUAUACACACUCAUCUACAAGGACUCAUGUAUGAAAUCGUACCACUCUACUAAUUCAAGCACUUGA